AUGCUUUUACUGAUUCGGAGAGCAAGCACAUUCGCCGUGGCGUGUCCCGGCCAGGGAAUAAUUGUACGUGGCUGUCUUAAUGCAUUGAAAAGCCACCAGCAUCUCUUACAGAAAUCCUUAGAUUGUGUUGACGAAACCUUGGGGUGCAACUUUUCUUCUCAUCUCUUGGAUUCUCCAAGUUUAACUCCAGAUUCUUGGAGCCAAUCGACUGCCAAUGCACAACCAGCAAUUGUAGCCUCGACUUAUGUGCUCUACAGCUUGUUUAAAGAGUUACACGGCAUAGAUUUGGCCUGUGAUUCGCGUGUUUCUUACCUCAUGGGCCAUUCCUUAGGUGAGUACACUGCGUUGCUCUUGGGAGGUGCACUUACUUUGCCUCAGGCGAUAGCUGUGGUCAGAAAAAGAGGUUUGUUGAUGGAGCAGUUGGUUCAGCAAAAAAAGUAUGCGAUGACAGUGUUAGUGUUCAAGCCCGCAGAGUUCGAUAGAGUGGUUGAUAUUGCUAAAGAACAUGGAAUUUUGGCAUGUAUCAACAACUCCACUCAAGUGCUGAUUUCAGGAGAACCUGAGCAGCUCCAGAAGGCAGUAGAUGUCAUCAACCUGCCAAAAAAACGGAUUUUAAAGCAAGCGCAACUUCCAGUGACCAUUCCGUUCCACAACAGUGUACUCAGUCCUAUGGAUGAUCAAUUGGCAGCUUUGGUCAUUGAUGAAAGAAGGUCCAGCAAGCCCGUCAUAAGUAACUUGACUGGCCAACCUUGUGAAGAUUAUCCGUUUUCCAAUACCGUUAAAUCAAACUCUCUGCCCGUUCAGUGGAAGAAAUCAAUGGAGUUUUUGAUUGAACAAGGUGUGAGUCAGAUAGUCAACUUGGGACCUGGUAAUGCUGUAGAUGCAAUCAAUGGGCGGUUUAAGGUGCAUAAUUGGCCAUUGAAGGGUUUGGAGGAUUUCGACAAGUUAGCAGAAGCUUUGAGAGCCGAAUAG